AGAGAGAGAGAGAGAGAGAGAGAGAGAGAGAGAGAGAAAAGACGGGAGGCGGAAACCUCCAUCUGCCCUGCUCGGUGACCGACCCGUCAUCCUCGGGCUCGGGGAAAAAAAACUGGAUCAUUUCCUCGCCGUUUUUGUUCAAACCGUUAAAAAAAAAAGCGAGAGAGAAACCGAGUGAAAAGGUGACAAAAGAAGAGGAAAAGAUGGAGGGAAUUCGACAUGGAAGAAAUCUAUAGGAGUCUAUAUAUAGGCUAUGCCCCGGACUGCACCACCUCCGCCGCCGCCGCCGCCACCUGCCCUGCCGGUACCGGUCAAUGAGAGCGAGCUACAGCAAAUCCUCCCUCAUUUUCUCUCUCUCUCUCUAGUUCCUUCCUUUGCCUCUAUCUCUCCUUCUUUUCUCUAUCAUGCUCUCCUCACUUCCACACAGUCGUCUUAUUUUAGCCUCCUCCUCUUCUUCCUCCUCUUUCUUUCCUCUUGCCCUCCUCUCUUCUGAGUUUUGACUCCCUCUCUUUUUUACAAACACACACACACACACACACACGCCGGAAAAUGAAGCGUGGGUCGAGUGUGUUGCAGCCUCCCUCUGAUGCAGCCGAACGACACACACACCCUGCAAACACACACACAGAGACACACACCGGCGGUGACGAUGACGCUCGCUCACUGAGCGUAACCGACACGUGCACCCAGCGCACGCCCGCGGACGCACACACCACAGGUUCGAGUCCCUUGCCAGCAGCCACCUCUCUCUUCAGCCCCGAUGUCAGCACCAAGAUGGCGUCUGACCUCCUCAUCAGGCUGUCAGAGGCGACCCAGAAGGCCCAGAUGCAUCCUGGGAGGCAGGCGGAGGAGGAGCCUCAGAGGCGCGAGGCGCUGCCGGAGGUGCGGGGGGGUCAGCAGGACGAGCCCGGCCUCGCUCUCUCACCGGACGGCCCCGGGGCGAGUCCCGAGCCACCGUCACUCUCACACACACCUGAUGGUACGGUCGCCACGGACACACUGGCUUCAGACCUGCUGAGGAAACUGGCAGAGCGGCAGGAAGUGAGCAGCCACGCGGUGAGGGUCAAAGAGGAAGAAGAGCCAAUGGAAGUCGACGCACUGGUUGCCUCUGACCUCGUCCACGACCGACGAAUCCCUGAAGAGAUGUCCCCAGCAUCCCCGAAGAUGGUGAGCCAUUGUCUCUUCGGUAUUAAAACUGAAGAAGAGGGUCCCCGUGGCAACACGGUGGCAGAGCAGCCGCACCCUGGAGCCAAAAUGGGCGACCAGUGUCUCCAUGGCCUUAAAAUAGAAGACAGAUUUUACACCGGAGGCUGCCAGCGGGGCUUUACGGGGGCAGACAGUGCCGUCUCCGCUAACAACAAGUUUCAGUUCAGAGUGAAAAUGGAGGAUCAUGGCGUCUCUGGAACCAAUAUGGCGGACCAGCUUCUAUCUGGAGCCAAGAUGGACGACCAGCUUCUCUUUAAAGCAAAAAUUGCAGAGCGGCCUUUCUCUGCCACCAACAUGAGCUCCAAGUUUCUCUCAGGAGCCAAGAUGGAGGACCAGUUCCCUUCAGAAGCCAAGAUGGAGGACCAGUUCCCUUCAGGAGCCAAGAUGGAGGACCAGCUUCUCUUUGGAGCCAAGAUGGAGAACCGGCUUCUUCCCGGAGCCAAGAUGGAGGACCAGUUCCCUUCAGGAGCCAAGAUGGAGGACCAGCUUCUCUUUGGAGCCAAGAUGGAGAACCGGCUUCUUCCCAGAGCCAAGAUGGAGAACCGCGUUUUCUCAGGAGUGAAGACAGAGGAGCAGCUCUUCUUAGGAGCCAAGAUGGAAGACCAGUUCACCUCCGGAGCCAAGAUGGCCGACCAGUGCCUCAGAGCCGUGCUGUGGCAGGACAUGUCAGUGAACCUGGCGUCCACGCUGCUGCACCAGCUCUCAGAGAGAGUCAGUAAAUCCAGCAGGACGAGUCCGUCCGUCAGAAGCAGUCCUGUUCUGAAGGUGAAUGUGGACACACUCCGCUCAUCGCCUCUUUUGAGCGCCCAGGAACCUCCACAUGAAACCAAAUCCAGCCUCAGCAGAGAUCAGCCCACCGGUUGCUCUUACUUCUACAGAUGUCACGUGUGCGGCUUUGAGACCGACGGGCCUGCCCUUUUCCAGAGUCACAUGACAGAACACCGCCAAUGGGAGCACGGCUCCUUCUCGCUGCACUGCUGCGUGUGCGACCACUCGACCAAUCAGGAGGCAGAGAUGAGGGCUCACGCCAACACGCACAUGCACGGGAACACGGGAGCAGACGAAGAGAUGAGAUGCCCCGUCACCCCUCUCGCCGCCACCGCUGCCGCCUCCAGCGGCGCCCCGUCAGUUGCCAUGGCAACCCAGCCGGAGCACAGCACCUCCGAGCACCGCUGCCGCAUCUGCCAGAGGUUGUUUCCGGGGCAACAGGAGCUGCUGGUGCACUUCCAGGGUCACCGCCAAGGCAACCAGUACCGGUGCGACCGGUGCGGCCACCUGACGCGGACAGCCAACAAGCUGGUGGAGCACGUGCGCGUGCACACGGGGGAGCGCCCGUUCACGUGCGCGCUGUGCCCGUACAGUGCCAAGCGGCGGGACAGUCUGCGCCUCCACUGCAAGGUCAAACACCCCGGCGACGUGCACACGCACCGCUCGUACGCGCACGGAGACAAUCAGCGCUCGGACUCGCAGGUUCAGCGGCUUCACACAGCGGCGAACACACACUCUUCCUCCUCCUCCUCCUCCUCCUCCUCUCUGCCUCUGCUUCAUCCCUCGCUCUCUGACCGGGCCGGAUGGAGGGAUCUGUCUCCUCUCCUCCCCAUCACCACGCUCCUCUCUCUGAAGCCUCGCUCUCCUUCCUCUUUUUCAUCCUCUUCCUCGUCUUCCUCCUCCAAACACUCCUUUCUCGGUUACCUCGGUCUCACAACUCCUUAAAGGCUUCUUUUUUCUUUUUCUCUCCCUCUUCUCUCUGCUCUUCUUGUUUCCUCUUCUCCCUCUUGUCCUUUCCUCUCUU